AUGAGUAAAGGCGCGCGGACACAGGUGUACGCAGGAUCAGGGGAACCAUCGGGGAUGGUCGGACACGCAGAGGCCAGCAGCGGACAGGAACCAUGGCUGUCCCGGGGGUCCUCGUGGGACCUACAGCCACAGUGGACAGGCCGCCAGCCUCAUGGGUGGCCUGCCGGGAUGAGGCCGCGCAGCAGCGGGAGGGCGGGCAAGGGUAAUCCGACCUCUCCUCCCACUGCCCAUCUGCCCCUGCCCCCACCAGCUGUGCCUGCUGGGACCCCUGAGCCCGCUGGGACCCCGCUGUCAGGAAGCCUGGAGAGGCAGGAGGCGGGGAUCAGAGCCUCCCCACGGAGAAGGCAGACGCGUCCUGGAGAGAAGGGCGCUGAGGCGCAGCCCAUCUGGGGCCACGCGGGGCGCAGCCCCCAGCCUCCUUCGCCCUCUGUUUUCUGCCUCAGUUCAGCCGGAGGGAGGCCCUGA